AUGGCAUCACUCUUCACCGGGAAGGUCCUGGUUGUUAACAACAGUGCCCGAGACGAGCUGGACACGGAGCGAGAGCUGGGCCACAGACUGGACAACAAGGUGCUGCUGCUGUAUUUUGGGUCUGGCGAGUGCCCGCGAUGCCAGGAGUUCUCGCCGCUCCUCAGAGAUUUCUUUGUGAGACUCACAGAUGAAUUUUACGUGGAAAGGGCCUCGCAACUGGUCCUGGUGUACGUGUCUCAGGAUGAGACAGAGGAAAAGCAAACCAAAUUCCUGAAAACCAUGCCGAAGAGAUGGCUAUCCUUGCCUUUCAAGGAUGAGUUCAAAAGAGAACUGGAGCUGAAGUUUGCAGUGUCUGAUGUACCUGCAGUGGUGGUGCUGAAGCCAAAUGGGGAGGUGAUUGUUGGAAACGCUGUGGAAGAGAUAAGGCACAUGGGUCCUGCCUGCUUCAGGAACUGGCAGGAGGCUGCUGAGCUAGUAGACAGAAACUUCCUCUUGGCAGAGGACUUUGAUGACCUGGCUAGAAGAAGCAUCACUGACCCCAUCCGCCGCCUCAGAUACAAACUGAACAAGAAGACAAAGGAGGAAGAAAAGAAAGAGGAAGGUGAAGAGUCUUGUUAG